UCAAUCAGUCAAUCGCGUAAAUCCGGUUGUCGUAGUCGUCUGUAGAGCGGUCACUACGAGUUGCCGGUUUUUUGUGUCCCAUUUAAUUUAUUCUUGAAAUACUUUUUACGUACUUUGAUUGCAAUUUUCAGUGAAAGUGUAAACUUUACGCAGUAUUGUUUUUUGAUAGAAUUUUGUGAAUUUAUUGAACUUAUUCUGAGGUAUGGAGUGGGAAGGGCCGCCCAAGCAAGGCUUGUACGACCCUCAGAACGAGCACGAGGCCUGUGGAGUUGGUUUUGUGGUUGCUAUCGACGGGAAACGUUCUCAUAAAAUCGUCCGCGAUGCCGAGGUCCUCGCGAAGCGCAUGGAGCACCGCGGCGCGUGCGCGUGCGACAACGACACCGGCGACGGUGCCGGCGUGUUGACCGCCAUCCCGCAUCAGUUCUACUGCGCUCAGCUUAGGGACUCCCACCAGCUAGACCUGCCUGCCUUCGGGCGCUACGCCACCGGCAUCUUCUUCCUCGACAAGCUCCACCACCAGGGCAUCGAGAGCAAGUUCCAGGAGUUGGCCGAGAGCAUCGGCCUCAAGGUCCUAUGCUGGAGGACCGUGCCUACCAACAACUCUACCAUUGGUCAGGUGGCUCGAAACUCGGAGCCAUUUAUGCGCCAAGUGUUUGUAACCGGAGAUAUCGAAGACGAGAUACAGCUAGCCCGUCAGGUAUUCGUACUGAGGAAACGCGCGUCGCAUGAGCUCGUCGUGCCCGGAGCGAGGUUCUACAUCUGCAGCUUGUCGCUGAAGACUGUGGUCUACAAGGGAUUGCUCACUUCUAAUCAGCUAUGGGAGUACUUCAAGGACCUGACGAACCCGGCGUUCACGACGUACCUGGCGCUGGUCCACACUCGCUUCUCCACCAACACCUUCCCCAGCUGGGAGCGAGCGCAUCCUUUGAGAGUGCUUGCCCACAAUGGCGAAAUAAAUACAUUACGAGGUAAUGUGAACCUGAUGAAGGCUCGCGAGGGAGUCAUGAAGAGCGAAAUCUUUGGAGAAGAUCUCAAGAAGCUUUACCCAGUCGUGGAGCCGAAUCUCUCAGACUCUGGUUCAGCCGACUGCGUACUGGAGUUCCUUCUCCACUGCGGCCAGCGGUCCCUGCCAGAGGCCGUCAUGACCAUGGUGCCUGAAGCCUGGCAGAACGACCCCACCAUGCCCAAGGAGAAGCGAGACUACUACCAGUGGGCCUCGUCCGCUAUGGAGCCGUGGGACGGGCCUGCCUUGGUCUCCUUCACCGAUGGCCGUUAUAUUGGUGCCAUACUGGACAGGAACGGUCUGCGUCCGUCCCGCUUCUACGUGACAAGCGAGAAUAUUCUCGUCAUGGCGUCUGAAGUCGGCGUGUAUGACGUCGACCCGGAGAAAGUAAUUUUGAAGAGCCGUCUGAAGCCCGGCCGUAUGUUGCUGGUGGACACAGAAGAGAAGAAAAUUAUCCAGGAUGUCGAGCUGAAGCUGAAGAUCGCUCAGAGUCGUCCCCAUUCCAAGUGGUUGAGCGAACAGAUAACAAUGGAGGACAUCCACAAAUCGGUGGCGGCGGCCGAGAACGGUGUGGUUUCCAAUGGAACCGUCAACGGCGCCAUCACUGGUUUGUGCGACAAGCGGCUCAGCCUCUUCGGAUAUACUAUUGAAGCCAUCAACAUGCUGCUGCUACCUAUGAUCCAGAACAAGAAAGAAGCUCUGGGCAGCAUGGGCAACGACGCGCCGCUGGCGUGCCUGUCGCUGUUCCAGCCGCUGCCCUACGAGUACUUCAAGCAGCUGUUCGCGCAGGUCACCAACCCGCCCAUCGACCCCUUCAGAGAGAAGAUAGUGAUGUCUCUUCUGUGCCCCAUCGGGCCGGCGCCCAACAUCUUAGAACCCAGCGCGGCCUUCGUGCACCGCCUGUUCCUGCCGCAGCCCAUCCUGUCGCUGCCCGACCUGCAUGCCUUGAAGAACACCAGCCACCGAGGGUGGAAGACCAAAGUAAUCGACUGCACGUACGACUACAAAGACGGGCCAACAGGUCUAGAGCCAGCCUUGAGUCAGAUCUCUAGUGAGGCACACGCCGCGGCUUCGUCUGGAUACCAGCUACUGGUGUUGUCUGACCGUGCCGCCGGGCCAGACCGAGUGCCUGUCAGCUCACUACUCGCUUUAGGAGCGGUCCACCACCAUUUGAUUGAAACUCGUCAGAGAAUGAAGGUGGGACUCAUCGUGGAGACGGCCGAAGCUCGCGAAGUGCACCACAUGUCUGUAUUGCUAGGCUACGGCGCAGACGCCAUCUGCCCCUACCUAGCCUUCGAGCUAGCUUUCGCAUUACGCAAUGACAAUAUAAUCGACCCUACCCUCACCGAUGAUGACAUCUACAAGGCCUAUCAGAAGGCCAUCGAGACUGGCCUAGCUAAAGUCAUGGCCAAGAUGGGAAUCAGUACGCUUCAGUCGUACAGGAGCGCACAGAUAUUUGAAGCUGUGGGCUUGAAUGAGGAGGUCGUAGACAAGUGCUUCAGAGGAACUCAGUCUAGGAUUGGUGGCGUCAACUUUGAAAUCCUAUCCAAAGAGAUUUUCGAUAGACACGCGCUGACAUACGGACCGUUCACAGAUGCAUUAGUUCUCAGGAACCCAGGAGUGUAUCACUGGCGCGCGGGAGGCGAGAAGCACAUAAACGACCCUCUGUCCAUCGCCAACUUGCAAGAAGCCGCCGUCAACAAGAGCUCGUCGGCUUACGACAAAUACAGGGAGAGCUCACUGGAAUCCAUCCGUGCUUGCACGUUACGAGGUCAGUUAGACCUCGUACGCUUGGAUGAACCCAUCCCACUAAGCGAGGUCGAGCCCGCCUCGGAGAUCGUGAAACGAUUCGCUACAGGCGCAAUGUCAUUCGGCUCGAUCUCGCUGGAAGCUCACACGACGCUUGCGGUGGCCAUGAACCGCAUCGGCGGCAAAUCCAACACCGGCGAGGGCGGCGAGAACGCGGACCGCUACCUCAACCAGGACCCGGACUACAACAAGCGCUCGGCCAUCAAGCAGGUGGCGUCGGGCCGCUUCGGCGUGACGGCGUCGUACCUGGCGCACGCCGACGACCUGCAGAUCAAGAUGGCGCAGGGCGCCAAGCCCGGCGAGGGCGGCGAGCUGCCAGGUUACAAAGUGACAGAAGACAUAGCGAAGACCCGUUGCUCAGUGCCCGGCGUAGGGUUGAUCUCGCCGCCACCUCACCACGACAUCUACUCCAUUGAAGACUUGGCUGAACUGAUCUAUGAUCUCAAGUGCGCCAACCCUAACGCCCGUAUCUCUGUGAAACUCGUGUCUGAAGUUGGUGUGGGGGUAGUAGCUUCUGGUGUCGCUAAGGGCAAAGCGGAGCACAUCGUGAUCUCCGGCCACGACGGCGGCACGGGCGCGAGCUCGUGGACGGGCAUCAAGUCGGCCGGCCUGCCGUGGGAGCUGGGCGUGGCCGAGACGCACCAGGUGCUGGUGCUCAACGACCUGCGCUCCAGAGUGGUGGUCCAGGCUGACGGUCAAAUCCGAACCGGUUUCGACGUCAUGGUCGCUGCGCUCCUCGGUGCCGAUGAGUUCGGCUUCAGUACAGCACCCCUCAUUGCUUUAGGUUGCACGAUGAUGCGCAAGUGCCACCUCAACACGUGUCCGGUGGGCAUCGCGACACAAGACCCGGUGCUGCGCAAGAAGUUUGCCGGCAAGCCUGAGCACGUCGUCAACUACCUCUUCAUGCUCGCCGAGGAGGUCCGCGAGCACAUGGCGGCGGUAGGCGUGCGUCGCUUCCAGGAACUGAUCGGGCGCACCGACCUGCUCAAGGUCCGGGAAAACAACACUAAUCCCAAGGCGCGACUGCUCAACCUCUCGCUUAUUCUCAAGAACGCGCUGCACAUGCGGCCUGGUGUUAACAUCCACGGCGGAUCCAAGGCACAGGCCAAAACAAAGGCUUUCGACGGCCGGCUGUCGGGUGUGGAGGACAGAACUGAAGAGAUCGAGCGUUUCUCACGAGCUAGCUCGUUAGAAAUCCGUAACCUCCCGCUUAAGAGGUCCCUUCCACAAGACGACCUCCUCCGUGUCUCCACCCGUAUCUUUACUGAACUGUCCGUGGAAGUUUUACAAUCUGAUGUCUACGACAUUCGCUGCCUUCCCGCCAAGCAAGAUAGCAAAACCAUCCUCAUCACGCUUAACUCGGUCACACCUUACCGACCCGCAGUUCUGCCUGUCUUGAUCAUGCCAUUCUCAAAACUUCGUCACCUGCCCAGUGUUUGGUUAUCCAGUCCACUAAAUCUGGACAGGGGCAAGAAAUGUCUUUCGAUCUUCCUAGACCUGGCCAAGGCUUUUGACACGGUUUCCAUCCCCAUCCUGCUGGCCAAAUUGGAGGCGAUAGGUGUUAGAGGCAACCAGCUUUCUCUAUUCCGCAGUUACUUUACAGGUCGCUCUCAGUCGGUCGUAAUAGACGGAAAUGCCCGGGAUAUACGGCAACCACGGCUGUCAGAAGGCGCCACGGUCGACAUCAGCCUGACGGGCUCGGCCGGCCAGAGCUUCUGCGCCUUCCUGUCGCGCGGCAUUACUGUCACGCUCGAGGGAGACGCUAAUGACUAUGUCGUGUCCCGGGAAUAUUCCCGUGAACUGAGUCUUAGCACGGAUAUAAGGCGACCACGGCUGCCAGAAGGCGCCACGGUCGACAUCAGCCUGACGGGCUCGGCCGGCCAGAGCUUCUGCGCCUUCCUGUCGCGCGGCAUUACUGUCACGCUCGAGGGAGACGCCAACGACUAUGUCGGCAAGGGCCUGUCCGGUGGCAAAGUGAUCAUCUACCCACCGAAGUCUUCGCCAUUCGAGUCGCACUUGAACGUGAUCGUCGGCAACGUUUGUUUGUAUGGAGCCACCUCGGGACGAGCUUACUUCAGGGGCAUAGCGUCGGAACGUUUCUGCGUGCGCAAUUCAGGCGUGACGGCGGUGGUGGAGGGUGUGGGCGACCACGGCUGCGAGUACAUGACGGCCGGCACCGUGCUCGUGCUCGGCCUCACGGGCCGCAACUUCGCCGCGGGCAUGAGCGGUGGUAUCGCAUACGUGUACGACAUCGACGGCUCUUUCGCGCUGAAGUGCAACCAGGAGAUGGUGGAAUUGCUGCCUUUAGAGCUGCAGGACGACCUCGAUACAGUGAGGACCCUGCUUGAGGAGUUCUUUGAGUACACUGGCUCGGUCAUCGCUCAAGACAUGCUCAAGACUUGGCCGGCUCCCGCUAAGAUGUUCGUCAAAGUGUUCCCUUACGAGUACCAGCGCGCGCUCAAGCAAAUGGCUCUCAAGGCGCCCGCGCCUAAACUGGAGACCAACGGCAAGGAGGAGAACGGCCUCGUUGAUAUCGAGGAGACUGUGAGAGAUGCAGAACUUGAGAAGAAGAAUCUGGAGAAGAUCCUGGAUAAGACUAGGGGCUUCAUCAAAUACCCUCGCGAGACGUCCAUCUACCGUCCCGCCGAGAAGCGUCUCCGGGACUGGGACGAGAUCUACAAUCCGGGACACGUGCGCCGAGGGUUGAGAGUCCAGGCCGCGCGUUGUAUGGAGUGCGGUGUCCCCUUCUGUCAGAGCCAGCACGGAUGUCCUUUGGGCAACAUUAUCCCUAAGUGGAACGAUCUGAUUUACAAAGGAGACUGGAACCAUGCGCUGUAUCAACUGCUACAAACGAAUAACUUCCCAGAGUUCACGGGACGCGUCUGCCCGGCGCCGUGCGAAGGCGCUUGCGUGUUGGGCAUCAGCGAGCCGCCGGUCACCAUCAAGAACAUCGAGUGCGCCAUCAUCGACCACGCCUUCGAGAGCGGCUGGAUCAAGCCCGAGAUUCCUAAGGUCCGCAACGGAAAAACCGUGGCAGUAGUGGGCUCCGGCCCGGCGGGCAUGGCGUGUGCUCACCAGCUCAACAAGGCCGGUUACUCGGUGACGGUGUUCGAGCGCAACGAUCGCGUGGGCGGUCUGCUACAGUACGGGAUCCCCACCAUGAAGCUCAGCAAGGAGGUGGUCCAGCGCCGCGUGCGUCUACUUGCUGCAGAGGGCGUGGCCUUCAAGUGCAACGUCGACGUCGGGAAGGACAUCUCCGCGCGCGACCUGGCCAAUGAAUACGACGCCCUAGUCCUGUGCAUGGGGGCCACCUGGCCACGUGACUUACCGCUCAAGGGCCGGCAGCUCAACGGCAUCCACUUCGCCAUGGAGUUCCUGGAGAGCUGGCAGAAGAAGCAGAUGGGGCCCACCGCCGCGCACCACGCGCCGCCCGCCAAGGACCGCCCGGAGCUCAGUGCCAAGGACAAGGACGUGCUGGUCAUCGGAGGAGGAGACACUGGUUGCGACUGCAUAGCCACGUCUCUGCGGCAGGGCGCCAAGUCUAUCACCACAUUCGAGAUCCUGCCCGAGCCGAAGCCCACUAGGGGGCAAGACAACCCCUGGCCGCAAUGGCCCAGAGUUUUCAGAGUCGACUAUGGUCACGAAGAAGUGAAAGUCAAAUUCGGAAACGAUCCCCGGAAAUUCUCCACUCUCACCAAAGAGUUCCUGGAUGACGGCGAAGGCAACGUAUGCGGCGUGUCGGCAGUGGAGGUAGAAUGGACUCGUGGCGCGGGCGGUCGCUGGGAAAUGCGCGAAGUCCCCGGCUCCGAGCGCGUGUUCAAGGCAGAACUGGUCCUUCUGGCCAUGGGCUUCCUGGGACCUGAGCGAUACGUCGCCAACCAACUUGACUUGCCCUUAGACGCUCGCAGCAACGUGGAAACGGACAAGUCGAACAUUUACAAGACCCCUGUAAACAACGUCUUCGCGGCUGGAGACUGUCGACGCGGCCAGUCGCUGGUGGUAUGGGCGAUCUCCGAAGGCAGACAGGCGGCGCGUGCGGUGGACACCUAUCUCAUGGGCCGCUCGGCGCUGCCUGGGCCUGGUGGUGUCAUCUAUGACCACUGAGCGGUCUAGCUAGCUGGGACACCGCUCUCAAACCACGCCCUCUGUCGGUGGACAUCAAUAACAACUUAAUCAAUAUGAAAAGAUAGCUGGAUUCUGGAUUGUGAACAAGAUCAAGCAACCAUGGUGAGUCGAUAUCGUUGCUGUAGACACAGUUCAUAAGAUACAAUAUUGUACUAUAUUGAGGCAAUAUUGUGCUAUAUUGAGGCAAUAUUGUGAUAUAUUGAGGCAAUAUUGCACUAUAUUGAGACAAUAUUGCGUGUUUACUUAUGUGCAUCAAUUCUGUCGUAAAACAUCCUCCUGUGUACACCGAUAGAUAAGAAGUUUGAGAACGAUUUUCGUGAAUGAUUCUCGCGCUAGUUCAGUCAUAUAUGAGUAUCGACUAUCGAUGUUGUAAAAUAACGUAUUUUAAUCGGCCUACGUAUCAACAGACUGGUUUAAGAUGAAAUGUUUGCAGCACCGAUAAAUACGAGUCUACUUUAUAUUAAUUUUCGUUGUAAUAGUAGCAGAAUACAACAAAUGUUAUCGAUAGAUGUAAAGCGCGUAGCACAACGAUCCGUGAUGAAAUCGAGAUCUAAAUUAUUAACAAAUUAGCCUAGUCGUUAGCGAAAUUUGAAAGUUAUCACAGUUAUAUAAAAUUAUCGUCAUCCAAUAUGCCAAUGUUUUUCGAACUUGUAGUCGCUUUUGUUUUCGUAAGCCUGAAUAGACGUACUUUUGCCGUUUUAGAUGGGCGUUUGUAAUUAUUUUAAGAAACGUUUACUGUUUGAUAAUCUUAUAUUUAUAACCACAUUCCGUUUGUAGACAUUUGUCGCGUAUUUUUACCCGACUACGCCAGGAGGAGGGUUAUGUUUUUAGAUAGUUUUCGUAACUGAGACAUAUCGCGGCCGGUCUCCGGUCCGGUCGAAUAUUAGUGAUCAGUCAAGUGUCAUAUAACUUUGUUGGUUAUAGAAUGUUUUUAAUAUUAUUGUACAUCAUUGUUUUUAUCUCGUCUGUAGGUAUAGACUGUGUUAAGUGAUUUGACACGAUAUUUCGUACAACUAUAUUAUUAUGAAGAUAUAUUAUCAUAUAAUUAUGUUACAUUUGCAAAAUUCACUUGAGGUGUAUUAUCUGUCAUAUUAUUUGCUUAUGUAUUAUAACUAUACAAACAUUGUAUUAUUUAUGUAACAAUGUAUCCUAUGUGUAUCCAUAUGAAUGCUGUCCGUACAGAAACUACUUGUUCCUAAUAUCUAUAAUCAGGCAAAAAUCAAAGUAGGUAUUUACUUUAUAUUUAUU